GAGGCGUGCUUACCGCAGCCUGCUAACAGCACCAGCUCCAUUUGGAUUCGCACCUUAUUUUUUCUUAUUAGCUAACUUAAAGGCAUAUACAUUUUAUUUUAUAUAGACACACAUUGUUUUAAUACGAUGCCGGUUAUAAAGGGGUUUGUAACCCGAGACUUAAAAUGUAGGUAAUUCAGGUAGGUAGGUCAACAUUAGCUGUUAGCCUUGCUAACUGCCAGACACCGGUUGUGAACGAGCACAAAGGCCGCGUUGUCACUGGCAUAAUGUAUCCUUCGUGGGGGAAUUUCGGUGGAUCACAACAGACCCAAAAUUAUGGAACUGGUAUCAACACUGGGAAUGCCGCUGGGUUUGGAGGCUCAGGCGGUGCCUCCAUCUUCACCAGCCUCCAGGAGCAGCACCUCCAGCAAAUGCAGCAGCUGCAGAUGCUCCAUCAGAAACAGCUUCAGUCAGUGCUGCACCACGGAGCACCCAGCGCUGCCUCCGCCUACAACCCUGCGCCCUCAGUCGGAUAUUCAGGCUCUUCGUGGAAACCCCUUAACACUGACAUUCAAGACAGUGCCACUGGGCCUUCGGCCUACUAUACUCAGAGUAACUCAGCCAAUCUGACGAUGAGAGGGCCCCCUGUCCAGCCACAAGACAUCCAGCCUCCGCCGCCGUCUCAGCCGCACCCAACCGAGUCUCAACCCGCUCCUCCACCUCCAGAACCCCCUUCUGUGAAAAUUAAAGCUCCUGACCACAAUGCAACCAAGCCCGCCCCCCCUGCACCCAAGCCCACCCCCCCUGCACCCAAGCCCGCUCCCCCUGCACCCAAACUCGCGAGCGAUAAAGCUACAUCUCUACAGGAUCAGCAACAACAGUGGUACAAACAACAUCUUCAGAACCUGAAGAUGAAGCAAGACAGAGCCAAACAAAACCAGAAGGAUGGUGGUAAUACUACAGUGCCACCGCCACCUCCAACCUCGGAGCCCCCCAAAGGAGCACCUCCCCCUCCUCCCCCUAAAGAGGAACCACCGGCCCCACCACCUCCACCACCUUCAGAGAGUGAAAAUGUCAAAAAAACACCUACACUUACAGACAAACCUGAAACUCCUCAGGAUCCAGAGGAGACCGCGCGCCUCCAGCAGCUCCAGGCUGCUGCAGCUCAGUGGCAGCACGUGCAACAGCAGAGGGCUGGUUUACAAUACCAGGCUCUCAUGCAACAACAUGAGAAUCUUCAGAAGGUCCUUGAACAAUAUCAACAACUCAUUCAACAACCUCCAAACCUCCAGACUAUGUCGGCUGAAAUGCAGUUGAGACAUUAUAAAACACAGCAGCAGAAUUUUGUUCCAAUGUAUCAAGAGUGGGAUCGAACCUUCAUAUUGUGGUAUGAACAGUUCCAAAGCUAUCCCCACAAAGACCAGCUUCAGGACUAUGAAAGCCAAUGGAAGCAAUGGCAGCAGCAGAUGAAUGCCACAAACGCUCACAUUCAGGAACGUGUAGCCACCCUAACUGCAAUGGUUCCCUAUGCUUCAGCUCAGUACAAUAGUGGGACUGUCAGGCAGUAUAACCCUGAGCCUGAACAUGAUCAGUCAAAUCAGCAGUCGGUGAACCAAAAUGCCACUGAUUAUCCUUCCACUUUUAAAAGUGCUGGAGGUUCAAGAUUUGACCAAGCACAACAGGGAUUUGAAGAAGCCUAUGAUGCUCCAGAGCAAAGUUUUGAUGGUCCUUCCCGAUUUGAUGCUCCCCCAAGAUUUGGCAGUCCAGCUUUUGAUGGUACUCCAAGAUUUGGUGGUCCACGGCAACGCUUUGAUGGUCCUCAACAACGGUUUGACGGACCACAGCAACGUUUUGAUGGGCCUCGACAACGUUUUGAUGGGCCUCAGCAACGUUUCGAUGGUCCUCGACAACGUUUUGAUGGUCCACGGCAACGUUUCGAUGGUCCUCGGCAACGAUUUGAUGGGCCUCAGAGAUUUGAUGGGCCACAGAGAUUUGAUGGGCCUCAGAGAUUUGAUGGGCCUCAGAGAUUUGAUGGGCCACAGCGCUUUGAUGGGCCACAGCGCUUUGAUGGACCUCAAAGGUUGGACCAGCUACGGCAGCGAUUUGAUGGUCCUCAAAGAUUUGAGGCUCCAAGGCAACGAUUUGAUGGCCCAUCAAGAUUUGACCAGCCACCACGAGGCCCCCAACCUCAAAUUAGUCCACAACAAAGACCACCUGCUCCUACACCUCGUCUACCCAUACCACAGCAAGAAAAACAACUGGGUCCUCAAACAAAGCCUGGACCUGCUAGUAAACCACCCGUUGAGGAACCAAAGACUGAUGACAAGGAUAGUGCAUCAAAAUCAGAUAAUGACUUGACAGAUGACAGCAUGAUUGGAAAUGCAGGCUUUUUUGUUCAAAAAGAUCCAAUACCACAGACACAGAAAAAAGAUGAUAUGUCCGCAGAUGAAAAACCCAAACCUUCUGAUGACAAUUCUCCUGUAUUAGAACAUUCAGAUGUGGCACCUAAAUCUGUGGCACAAAAUGCUCAUAAAGAUGAAUUGCAGUCAAAUCAAUCAACCAUAUCGCAACAAGAUUCCAAAUUACCCAAGCCAGCCACACCAAAAGCAGAUUCUUCAAUGCCUUCAGUUGGAAGAGGUCAUGGACAGCCCCAGGUACCCAUUCGGGGUCGAGGCCGUGGGCAAAUGGAGGAUAGAACGUUAAGAGGACCAAACAGUUCAUCAUUUGAAAGGGACAUGGAUGAUCAGCCUUAUGAUUAUGGACAAUCUGAUGCAGAAUUGGCCUUGCCUGAGGAGCCACAGGACUAUCACUGGCAAGAUCCUUCACACGUGGAGUUUCAUGAUAGUUCAGAACCAAGCAAUGAAGAGUUGUGGAUACGCGAUGAGCAAUACUACCCACCAGAAGAAGAAUAUUAUGAAGACCCAGCGGAUCAUUAUAUGGGAAGAGGUGGGCACCCAAAAAUGAGGGGAAGACCACCAAUGCCAAUGGGGAGAGGGGGGCCUCCCAUGGGGAUGGCUGGUCCUCCGAUGGGCAGAGGACAUCCGCCUUUCAUGAGAGUAGGGCCCCCUAUGGGUAGGGGAGGCCCUCCUGUGGGCAGGGGAGGUAGAGGGGGUCUACCAAUGGGUAGAGGAGGUCCACCCAUGGGUAGAGGAGGACCACCCAUGGGUAGGGGGGGUCCACCCAUGCCCAGGGGAGGUCCAGCGAUGGUUCGGGCAGGCCCACCACGUGGUCGAGGGGGUCCACCUUUGAGUAGAGGAGGGAAACCAAUAGGUAGAGGUGGCCAACAAGCUGGAACAGCCCACACAGAAAGCAUUUGGGAGGAUUCCGAGUUUGCAGAGUAUUCACCAGAAGAAGACCAAUACUGGGAUGAAUGGGGACCUCCUAUGGGUUCGAGAGGUAUGAGACCGCCAUUUCCACCUGGGCGAGGUCGCCCACCUCGGGGACAUCCACCCUUUACACAAGGCAGACCACCUCAUCCAGCUCAUAGACCAGUGGCUCCAGAGCAUUAUGACAGUGAAUUCAGCUCCAUGUAUAAUGACCCUCAUGGACGUCCAAUGCAUCCUGAAGCAGGAAGAGGGAGGGCUCCACCACCACCCCCUCACGAAAUUGGUCAUCAUCAGGAGGAGUGGUAUGAUGAAGAGGCAGAAAGGCAAAUGGCAUAUGGCCAUGGCCCUCCUCCCACUUCACAUGAGAUUAUGGAUAGAGAUGAAAUGAGGCGGCCUGUCGAUCGUGAAAUGGGUAGAGGCACAUAUCCUCCAGACAAAGAAUAUGAACAAGAUUUAAAAGAGGGGUUUGUUGCAGAUUAUGGGCAUGGAGAGAAACCAUAUCGCAGAGCAUCUGAUUAUCCUCGAGAUGUGUAUGAAUCACAGUGGGAAAGAGAUGCCCCUCUGCCUGAGAGGAGAUAUCCAUCUCGUUUGCUACCACCAGAGUUGUACAGGGAUGACCCCUGGGCUGAAGAGAGAGAUAGAGCUUACCCAUAUUCUCAUGAUGAGCGAGACCGGCCAAGAGGAGAACUUCGAAUAAGGGAAUAUGGGGAAGAACCUCGUUAUCGACAGGACGAUCCCUCUUAUUCUAUUGCACGCACUCGACUAUCCCCUCUUCCAGAAAGACAUUAUCCAGACUAUGAACCUAGACCUGCUUAUCAGGAAAACAGAGAUUUGCCUUUAGAAAGACCAGCACCUGUUCUUGAGGCAGUUUCAAACUUACCAGAAAGCUCACUUGAACCGCCAACACAAGGAACUAGUGCUGGAGGUCUGCUGGCUCUUUCUCAAAGGCAACAUGAGAUCAUCUUAAAAGCAGCUCAAGAACUUAAAAUGAUUAGGGAGUUGCAAGAAAUAAAGCCGUCUAGUGUGGAACCCCAAACUGCUCCUAUUGCUCCUGAGAGUUUACCUGAGCUUCCUGCUGGUCUUCUUGGUCUGGAGAUUCCACCAGAUAUUAAAAAUGUGUUAAAGGGUAUAGCUUCACAAACUACAACUAAAGAAUCUCUGUCUGGAGAUGGCAUGCCUGCUACCACUGAUUACCAACUAUCGCUUCAAGCUCCAGUUCUCCCAAAGACUGUGGACUAUGCACAUGGACAUGAACCUGGGGCUACUGUUGAGAAAAUAUCUUAUGGUGAAAGGAUAAUUUUAAGACCAGAUCCUUUGCCAUCUGAAAGAGGCUAUGAAAAAGAACCUCUUGGUUUGAGAGAUCCUUACAGCAGAGACCUCUAUGAAAGACGGGACACUUAUUUGGACCGGCGAGAGUACAGCAGAGAGAGAGAGUACAGAGAAAAGUUACCUGAAAGAGAGAAAUAUGAGAGAGAGCGGUAUACACCAAGAGAUGACAGCACACAGUGUUUGACUGAAGAAAGAUCUGCAGUGCCACGCUCAGGAUACAGGGAGAGGGAGCGAGAGAGGGAUGUUCGAGAUCGAGACCAUAGUAGCAGUCGCGACCGUGAACAUUAUGGAAGAUCUGACUACGACAGAGCACCUUACAAGCAAUCCAGUCUGGAACGGGAGCGCUAUAGCCAUGGACCCUCUCCCCAGUUGGAACGAAGAAGCUAUGAAGAUCGAGUCCCUCCCCCUGCUCCAUUGUUGCCAUCUCCAGCACAGCCUUCAACUCGACUUGAAAAGAAACCAGAAUUAAAGAACAUUGAUGAUAUUCUUAAAAUGCCUGGGAGAUUGUCUCGACCCGACAGGAUUGUCAUCAUAAUGAGAGGUCUCCCGGGUAGUGGAAAAAGUCAUGUUGCAAAGCUCAUUAGAGACAAAGAAGUCCAUUGUGGAGGUGCACCACCACGGGUUAUUGUUUUGGAUGAUUAUUUCAUGACGGAAGUUGAAAAAGUUGAAAAAGAUCCUGAUACUGGGAGGAGAGUUAAAACUAAGGUUCUGGAAUAUGAGUAUGAGCCAGAGAUGGAAGAAAUUUAUCGGAGUAGCAUGCUUAAAACCUUCAAGAAAACCUUAGACGAUGGAUUUUUUCCUUUCAUAAUAUUAGACACAAUUAAUGACCGAGUGAAGCACUUUGACCAGUUCUGGAGUGCAGCAAAGACUAAAGGGUUUGAGGUAUAUCUUGCUGAAAUCACUGCUGAUGUUCAGACAUGUGCAAAGAGAAAUGUCCAUGGACGCAAACUGAAGGAUAUAACCAAGAUGGCCAGCAACUGGGAGCCAUCUCCAGGUCAUAUGGUGUGUUUAGAUAUUCGUUCCAUUCUGCAGGAUGCUGCUAUAGAGGAGGUGGAGAUGGAAGAUUUUAAUCCUGAUGAUGAAGUUAAGCAACCCAAAAAGGAAGAGGAAGAGGAGAGUGAUCAGGGCUACCUACCGAAAAGCAAAUGGGAGAUGGACACAUCUGAAGCAAAACUCGACCGGUUGGAUGGUCUAAGCAUCAGCGGGAAGAGGAAACGUGAUGGUGACCAUGCUGGGUUAGAGGACUUCCUCCAGCUUCCUGACGACUAUGCCACACGUCGCUCCCAACCAGGGAAGAAGAGGGUGCGAUGGGCAGAUUUGGAGGAGCAGAAGAAUGCAGAUCUGAAACGAGCGAUUGGUUUUGUGGUUGGUCAAACGGACUGGGAGCGGAUAACAGAUGACAGUGGGCAGCUGGCACAAAAAGCGCUCAACCGCACAAAGUAUUUCUGAAGAGGGCAUCUUUUAUCAACUCAUCUAAUGUUCAUGUGAUGACAUUGAAGCUGCCUUCUCCUGACGCUUACUGUACCCAGUGAUUGUUUCUUUAGCCAGAAUUAAAUUUAGUUUUUUAAUGUCUCUAUCAUAUAAACUCAUUAUGUUCAUUUCAUUAUUUGUAUUAAGUUUUUUGCUGUUUUAUAUAUUUCAUGCCCUCAAUUGUGUUUCUGUAGCAAUGUCUCUUAAAAAUGUAUACUUGAAAAGACAAUAAAGGCUACACAAUUAUGAAA